AUGAACGGCGGCGCCCUGCAGCCGCCGCCCGCCGCCCCGCCGCCCCCCCGCGGCGGCCGGCGGCGGCCCGCCUCGCCCGAGCUGCUGCGCUGCAAGCGGCGCCUGGCCUUCGCCGCGCUGCCGCGGCCGGGGCCGGGGCCGGGGCCCGGGCCGGGCCCGGGGGGGGCGGCGGCGGCGGUGGCGCGGCGCAACGAGCGGGAGCGGAACCGCGUGCGGCUGGUGAACCUGGGCUUCGCGGCGCUGCGGCAGCACGUCCCGCACGGCGCCGCCAGCAAGAAGAUGAGCAAGGUGGAGACCCUCCGCUCCGCCGUCGAGUACAUCCGCGCCCUGCAGCGCCUCCUCGCCGAGCACGACGCCGCCGCCGCCGCCUUCCCCCCGGGCCGCGGCACGGCCGGCGCCAGCGGCGGCUACUCCUCCGCCUCGCCCUCCUUCGGCUCCUCGGCGCCCGGCUCGCCCUGCUCCUCCGAGGAGAGCGGCUGCGACGCGGCGCUCAGCCCCGACGAGCAGCACCUGCUGGACCUCACGGGCUGGCUCGGCGCCUACUGA